AACAGGAAUAAAAUUACUCUUUCCCAGUCCAGUAGCAUCGCGCCGUGCCUUUUUCCCGUAUCUUGCGACCGUUUAAUGGAAUGGAAAAGCGCAUACUAUAUUUACUGGCGUUGCCAUGGCAGAUCGAUUUGCUUCGACUCGAUGCGCGAUACCGAAUGGGUUCGAUUAAUAAACCACCAGCACUACCACCACCACGUGUGCGGGCACCUUAGCGGUUCCAGCGGUUGCCCCGGUGACGGAAAAAAAACAGGCUGGACAAACCGCGGAAGGUGCGCGGUUUAGUUUGUUUACUCGCUGUGCGGUGGUGGUUGUUGGCAGAGGCUUUCAAUUUUCCAAUUCCAGGUGAGGUGGAAAUCGUCCGCCACUGUCUCAUUAAUCCUUGCACAGGAGGGGCAUGCAGAGUGGAGGAAAUUUGCAUGGCCAUUUGCAUGUGAAUGUGUGCCGUUCAGGGUAGGGCAAGUGGUGCGGGUCGUGCGCGCGAGGACCCGCUGAGUGUCAGUGUCAGUGAGCUUGCAUGAUUAGCUUGUGCCCGCCAUUGUCUCGGUGGUGUGGCGGUGGCGCCUGUCAAGCCACCAGCAGCAGCAGUGAAAGCAGACGAACCAGUAUAUAACAUUCUAGCCCCAUCCUAUAGGAAAGAGUGUGACAGGAGGGUCUGCUCUACUUGCAUCUACCCACCCGGGCAGGAGCCGGGAAGCCUGAACCUCGAUAGGACAUCGAAUGCAACCGCGAUUUAGUUCACUCCUAGCACAUCACAGCGAUGGUAGUAGCAUGAAACAAUUGUUUCUGACUCCUCAGUAUUAGAGUACCCUUUCGUUUGUUGGCUUGGAAGGUUCAUCUUGCUUUAGGAGCCUCUCUAAACCCAAGACCUGACAGUUCAAUUUUUGUGUGUGGGUGUGUGUGUGUGUUCUCUUCCCCUUCCCCCUCGAUUAUCGGUUGGUGUUGGAGUGUUUGGCCUUGUGCUCAUUAAAUAAGCUCACUUUGCUCAAAACCUAAUUCUUUCAAACGUUCCAACACCUUGACACCUUUGAUGUCUUGUUGUUUGGGGCAUGUACGUGUGGUUGUUUUCUUCUUCUUCUUUUGCCGCGCUUUAUCCGGACCUGCAGAGUCCCAAGAAGAAAAUGUCGAAGAAAGAACGUGCUCGGCUGGAGGCCGAACAGGCCGAACAUCACCGGAUGGAGCUGGAAAAGGAGCGCCAGCGCAAGGUGGAGGAAGAAAAGAUGCGUAAGGUGCGUGAGAAGGAGGAGGCCGAGCGCAAGCAGGUCCAGGAGAUAGUGGCCAACAAGCUGCGCAAGGUGCAGCUGGAGGAAAGCUACACCUAUCUGGCCAGCAUUCGGGAGGAGGUGCGAAAAGUGUUGGCCGAUGCGAAGAAGGAACGAGAGUGGGAGCAGUAUAUGCGUUGCAACGGUUUACCCAACGCAUUCGAUCCGGCCGAUCUGCGGAAAUAUCUGCACAUCUGGUGCGAGAACAUCCGGGACACUAACGAGGCGGAGCGCAAUUGGUUGCUGCAGACGAACGAGCAGAGCAUCCUGACGCAGAACGUGAACGUUGCGAACCUGUCGAUGGAGAGUCUCAAGCUGCAGCAGCCCCAGAUCGGCAACACCUAUGCGGCCAAAGCGGUGGAAGUGUUGGGCAUACUGGAGGAAAUCGAUGAGGCACUGCACGACUCGGACGUUCGUCCCUCCAUGGUGGAAGAUCUGAAUGAGUUAAAGAUGGAGUUUCGGAACGUUCUGGCCGAUUACAUCGACGAGUUUGCGUACAAAAUCUUGAGCAACAUCAAUCGAGACAUGGAGCUGAACGGGUUGCUGGAAGUGUCGCACAAGUUCGAAUCGCCAGUGUUCAAAACGCAUCUGUUUGGGCUGCGCGACAUGCCAACACCACAGCUCAAUCCCAAAGAGCGAGCCAAAGAGGACAGUAAACAUACGAGCAUUGAUUUCCCGAGUCUUGGUUUUCAUCUGACACUGCCGGCGGCCGUCAAGUGCCACAAGGCAGCGAUCCGAGGACUUUGGAUCAGCUACGACCACUGUAGUGACUACUGCCCUAGCUACGAUAUGCCUUACAAGCAGGAGAACUUAGCCGAUUUACGCAUAAUAAGUCGCAUUGAGUGGAAGAAGCGUAAGGAAAUACUGAAAGCUGUCUAUGAAGAGCCCAAAGAGAAGAAGACCGACUCGGACGAGGACGACCAGACACCGCAGGACAUUGAUGUGGACAAAAUCUACACGGAGCACGCCGACGAGCUGAUGAAGAAGGAACGCACGAAGAAGGGCGCCAAAACGCUAAAUUUGAGUGAAUAUGACGUGAACAUGCGUAGUCACCGGAUUGUGGCCGGUGUGUACGCCAUCGACUAUCUCGAGCAACCGAUGCAGGAUGUGAAGAUCGCAAAGAAGACACUGCUCCGAACAGUGCCUCAACCGGGUAAACUAAAGCGCAAAAAGUUCUACCAACCCUACCGACCACCGCCAACACCGCAACCGGGCGUCCGGCGACUUCCGGAGGAGAUCGAGGCGGAAAUCAAACAGAUGGAGGAAAACCUAGACAAACUCGCGCUGGUCUCGGUGCAGCUGCCCGAGAAUGUGUUCUGGUUCGAGCCACCGAUCGUCUGCCGCUGGGAGCUGAAGGAAGAAACGCUCGAAUCGGAUCCAAACUUCGCCAAGUACCUGGAUCGGCUCGAGAAGGCCCAGCAAGCGGCCAGGGAGCGCAACGAACGCUCCAACCUCGACCGGCGCACCAAGUACGUGGAAGACUUUAACAUCCUGGACGUACCGCAGCACAUCCCGCUGCGGGCGAUUGUGACCGACUUCGUCAUACCCAAGCUGCCGGACAGCUGCAGCAUUAAGAUCUCGGUGGCGGAGGACAAGCGCCGCGCGGCACAGCCGACCGCCGCCGCCGGCAGUGGUGGUGGGAAGCGAUCGUCGAAACAGAAGCGCCGUCUGCACAAGAUGCCGUCGAACGUUUCGCUCGGCAGCAUCGUGUAUGAGACGAAGAUACCGGACUUUCUGUACGCGACGCGCAACCCGCUGCGCAUACUGAAGGUGCUGGAUCGGCGCAACCGCCAGUGCUAUCCGUACGCGGGCACGUCGGACAGCGACGAUCUGGACGAUUACGACGAGUCGGACAACGAUGUGGUGCAGAACCGCAGCACCAAGCGGAAGGUGUACAUGUUUUCCAGCUUUAUGAAGGACUUGGACGAGCUGCUGGAGUCGAAAUCGCCCAAGCUGCAGGCCAAGAUGGAGCAGGAGCUGGGUGCGGGUGGGCCGGCGGGUGGACCGGGCAAGCAGUCGUUGCAGGUGGCUCGUUCCGAUGAAACGCGCACCGUUCGUGGGGAAAAGGGCGAGAAGGGCAAGAAGCCGGCCAAGAGCAAAUUCGACUCGGACGAUGAGGACGUCGAUUAUGGCAACAUUCUGGAGGUGGGCAACUACAGCAUGGUGGAGAACGACAAGCGCUACAUUGGCAAGUGGUCCACCCGGGACGUGCACGACGUGAAGUUCAACGAGGACAAGCUUACGAUCCAGUUCCGCGUGGGACGGCUCGGUUCGUUUGCAUUUGCCGCGAAUCGGUACAGCAACGUACCGUACCAGUCCUGGGAGCUGAAGCCAGACAUAAAGAACCCCGGUACGGUCACCUUCUCGCUCACCGCAUCGGUAGUUAGCACGGAGAUGACCAUUACGGAGGCCGGUUUCCGUGUCAACUCCCUGCAGGGCGGACCUACGCAAGCGUUGCAGGAAAUUCUCGGCCUCACCAUGUCACUGCGCAAGCUCAUCAAAACGCUCCGGCUGGCGGCAGUCGAUCUGUUCCCGGAGGAUGACGCGUUCAACUACACCGAGGGAACGUGCGAGAAGAACCCGAUCAUGGAGUCGCACCUGUACGAUUGCAUUGGGUUGCUAGCGCUGACGCACAACUUCUCCUGGUCGCGCUGGAACCUGCUGUCCGGCUGUCGGAUGUGUGUGUUGCUGAUGCGCGAAAUCGUCGAACAUCGGCGACUGCCGAACCACUCGACGCUGCUCGUCACCCCGCUGAAGGCGUCCGUGAUCGAUACGGUGGAAGUGUCGCCGGUUUUCAAUCCGAAUCCGGUCGAGGGGAUGAAUCAUUAUGCCGAUCUUUAUCAUCUGGGGCGCGAUCAGUCGCAACCGUCCUCCAGGAUCAAGCAGGAGAAGAUGAGCCCGAUACUGCGCGAGAAUGUGACCCAGCUGCUGAAGUCCGUCCGACCACUCAGCUUCUCCUAGUGCUGCUGCAGUUUAUUUACUAUUAAGAGCAAUAAAGUUAGCUAUUUUGAUCUCCUUGUGCCCCUGUCUAGUGUUUUUUGUUUCUGCCAUGUUCCGACCAUUAUCUCACAAUCUGCUGUGUGAUUGUGACGCAUUCGACGCCAACGAGUGUUAAGCAGCGAACCUUA